AUGACUUUACUCUACUCUCUCUUCAUCUUUUUCUUCUGCAUUAUCACCACCUCUGCACCUCCACCAUCACCACCACCAUACCCUUACGGUUUCUCCUACCGCAUUAACCGUGGCACUUCCGCCAACUCCACCGACUCCUUCAACACCACAUGGCUCUCCGACCGUUUCUUCUCUGCCGGCUCCUCCGCCCUCGUCUCCCAACCUCUCAACUUCCCCCUCCCCUCCGAGAAAACCCUCCGCUUCUUUCCUCCCUCCUCCUGUGGCAAGAGAAACUGCUACACCUUCCCCUCCCUCCCCUCCUCCUCUCGCUACCUUCUCCGCACCUUCACCGUUUACGACAACUACGACGCCAAGUCCCGCCCUCCCUCCUUUGACGUCGCUCUCUCAUCAACCGUCCUCUUCAGCUGGCGCUCUCCCUGGCCCGAGUCCACCGCUGUCAAAGGCGCCUACUCCGACCUCUUCGCCACCCUCCCCAACACCUCCUCCUCCCUCGAUCUCUGCUUCUACGGCUUCGCAACCGACGCCCCUCUUGUCUCCUCCAUCGAGCUCCUCCAGGUCCAUCCUGCCGCCUACAACGCCCCCGACAACAUCAUCCUCGUCAACUACGGCCGCAUUUCCUGCGGCACCCCGCACCACUGGGGUGCCGACUUCUCCAACGACACCGACCGCUUCGCCCGCUCCUGGCAGCCGGACUCCGCCUUCCGAAAAAUCCCCCAAUAUUCCAGCGACGUCCGCUUCCUCUCCACAAUGAACUCAAUCUCCGGCGCCGAUGAGGAGCCUAAUUACUUCCCCAUGAAGUUGUACCAGUCGGCGGUGACCACGGAGGGGCCAUUGGUGUACGAAUUGGGUGUGGACGCGAAGAUGGACUAUACGGUGUGGCUGCACUUCGCGGAGAUCGAUUCCAGCGUUAAAAAAGCAGGGGAGAGGGUGUUCGACGUGCUCAUCAACGGCGAUAAUGUGGCCAGGGUUGACAUAUACAAACAAGUUGGUGGUUUCUCUGCGUUGACUUUGAAUUACACCAUCAAGAACUUGAGCUCUGACGUGUUGACACUGAAGUUCGUGCCAGCUGUUGGUGCCCCUCUCAUUAGUGCCGUUGAGAAUUACGCCUUGGUCCCUAUCGAUCCUUCCACUCUCCCUCUUCAAGUGACUGCGAUGAAGGAGUUGAAAGAGUCGCUUCGUAUUCCUGAUAGAAUGGGUUGGAACGGUGAUCCCUGUGCCCCUACUACAUGGGAUGCUUGGGAGGGUGUUACCUGCCGCAUGACUACCGAUAAAACUGCUCUCGUCAUAAGUGAGAUAGAUCUUGGCAGUCAGGGCUUGAAAGGGUACAUCAGCGACCAGAUUAGUCUUUUGUCAGACUUGGUAAAUCUCAAUUUGAGUUCUAAUUCCUUGGCGGGUGAAAUACCACCGGGACUUGGUCAAAAAUCUCUUACACAAGUGGAUUUAUCCAACAAUCAGUUAACGGGAUCCAUUCCUGACGACUUAGCAUCUUCGAAUUUGAAGCUCGUGCUAUUGAAUGGUAACCUAUUGGAAGGACGAGUUCCAGAGCAACUUUAUUCGGUGGGUGUGCAUGGUGGAUCUAUUGAUCUCUCUGGCAACAAGGGACUGUGCGGUGUACCAUCUCUUCCGUCAUGUCCUAUAUUUUGGGAGCACGGCAGAUUAUCCACUCGGGGUAAACUUGCAAUAGGCUUGUCAUGUCUUCUUGUUUUCUGUGUGGUACUGCUGCUAGCAUAUAUCUAUAUCAGGAGGAAAAGGAACGAUUAUGAUUUUGCUCUGCCUCAUGAGUUAAUGUCUUUAGCUGCCAAGAGAAACCGAUAUCAGAGGCAGAAAACAUUGAUGCUUCUUGAGCUAGAGAGUCAACAUGCCAAGGGAUUGCCUUCACCUUUUACACCUCUAUAA